AUGUACCCCGAGACGUUUGAAGGAUUUGCCAUUCCAUCUGCGGAUAAAUGGAACAGUCCAAAGAGGUUCGAGUUUCAACCGAAGCCUUUUGGCGACUAUGACAUCGAUGUGAAAAUCAUCGCUUGUGGUGUAUGUGGCUCUGACGUCCACACCGCAACCGGAGGUUGGGGAAACAAGAUCUGGCCCCUUGUCCCAGGACACGAGAUUAUUGGCAAUGCUGUCAAGGUUGGCUCCAAGGUUACAACCGUCAAAGUCGGCGACCGUGUUGGCGUUGGUGCUCAAAUUUCUGCCUGCCUGGAAUGUGAUACUUGCAGAGAGGACAACGAGACAUAUUGCAAGCAGCAGAUGGACACUUAUGGCUCGGUGUACCCCGACGGGACUGUUGCCCACGGUGGCUACUCGUCUCACAUUCGAGCACAUGAGCACUUCACAUUUCCUAUUCCAGAGGGCCUCCAGACAGAACUUGUAGCUCCGAUGCUGUGUGCUGGUCUGACUGCGUACUCUCCCUUGGUUCGUAAUGGCGUUGGACCAGGCAAGAAAGUCGGCAUCCUUGGCAUUGGCGGCAUUGGUCAUUUCGGAAUCCUCUUUGCCAAGGCUCUUGGUGCUACCACCUAUGCCAUCUCACGAUCUCGCGCCAAGGAAGCUGAUGCAGUCAAGAUGGGAGCCGAUGGCUUCAUCGCCACCAAGGAAACCGAUUGGGCCAAGGCCCACGAGAUGACUUUUGACUUCAUUCUCUCCACUGCAUCCUCGGAUGACGGUUUUGACCUAGCACCCUAUCUAUCAUUGCUCAAGACACACGGCCGCUUUAUUGCCGUUGGUCUCCCCGAGGGUGCUGGGUGGCAGAUUCGCCCUCAGAGCCUUCUUGCCAAUGGCUGCCUCAUUGGAAGCAGUCAUUUGGGCAGCCGCAAGGAGACUCUGGAGAUGCUGCAACUGGCAGGUGAAAAGCAGAUCAAGAGCUGGGUCGAAACCAUUCCUGUGGGAGAGGAAGGAUGUGGGAAGGCUCUGGAGAGAGUUCACAAUGGUGACGUUAGGUACAGGUUCACGUUGGUGGACUACGACAAGCAGUUUCAGUAA